ACUGUAUAUACUGUAUAUCUAUAUAUUUGCUUUAUGGCCCUCUGUCAGUUCUUGUUAACACAUAAUCCGACUGUUUAUGGCCUCUGUUCAUAUAAGAAACCCCUAACAGCGGAGGUGCAUCACACACUCUGCAGCAGCCUAUCCGGAGGUGUUACAGACAAAUACAUGGGUAAGAGUGUUUGGCCAGCUGUGGGGAAACAAAGCAGAGAGCUGGGAUACAGUACACAGGUCCUCACACACUCAGGUGGAAGCUCAUCAUAAAAACCUUCAUCUCCUGGACUCGUCUGUUUGACAACACAGGAGAGUUCAUUUUGUGAUAAGAAGAAGGAUUUGGUUUUUACUCCAGCCAUGAUGAAGCUACGCUCACUAAGAGUGAGAAAUGCACUGGUGCGAGAGUGUAUGGCUGAAUUUCUGGGAACUUUUAUUUUGCUGCUCUUUGGCUGCUCUGCUGCAGCCCAGGUGAAGACCAGCGGCGAGACUAAAGGCCAGUUUCUGUCGGUCAACAUGGCCUUUUCUGUUGGAGUCAUGUCGGCCAUGUACCUCACCAAGGGCAUCACAGGAGCUCAUCUGAAUCCAGCUGUGACUCUGAGUUUCUGUGUGGUGGGCAAAGCUACCUGGGGAAGGCUGGUUCCCUACAGCCUCUCACAGCUGCUGGGGGCUUAUGUGGCAUCUGGGCUUGUCUACAUGAUCUACUAUGAUGGUAUCAUGCAUUUCAGUGGAGGAGUGUUGACUGUAUACGGUCCAAAUGAGACGGCGUCUAUAUUUGCCACAUAUCCUACAGAAUACAUGACUUUGGGCAGAAGUUUCCUUGAUCAGGUGGUGGCCACCGGCAUGCUCAUGUUGUGCAUCCUGUGUCUGGGCGAAAAGAGAAACACCCCGGCUCCGCCAGAGCUAAUUCCUGCUGUGGUGGCAGUGAUUGUCCUGGGGAUCUCCAUGUCAAUGUCGGGUAACUGCGGUGGUGCAAUAAAUCCUGCUCGGGACCUUGGGCCACGCCUGUUUACUCUGACUGCAGGCUGGGGCACUGAAGUCUUCACUUGUUACAACUACUGGUUUUGGGUUCCUCUGGUGGGUCCAUUCAUCGGAGGUGUUUUAGGAACUUUCAUGUAUAUGAUCUUCAUCGAGCUGCACCUGCCUGACCCAGAUCCCCCGGAGAACAUCUCCCCUCUCUUCAUAAUCAGUGGCAAGGAGUCGCUCACCACACAGCAAAAUGGACUAGAACUAAAAGCUGCACAUUUCUAAACGUUACUGGAUGUACGUUAUAUGUACCCCCUUCAUAACCCAGCCAGGAUACAGGCAGAGGCAGCUGAGAGAGAGAGAGAGAGAUGCUGAUUGUCCAAUAACGUUGUUUACACUAAUACCUGUACUCUUUACAAUAAUAAUAAUUAUUCAUCAUUAAUAAAUUAUUUAUUAACUGCAUUUUGUUUCUGACAUCUGUCAGAAGCAUUCAUUUAAAAGAAUCUCUAAAGCUUAAUUGUGAAAUAAUUUGUCGUGAUCAGAAUCACCCUGCUUUAUUCAGCUUCAUUCAAUACUCA